CAACACUGACUACUAUGAAGCAAGUGACAACAUCAUGGAAAAACAAAUCCAAAACAAACCCAGAUUCCUCUGUCUCCAUGGAUUCAGGACCAGUGGACAAAUCCUCAAAAAACAAGUCUUACGUUGGCCUGAAUCUGUAAAACAAAAAUUGGACCUCGUUUUCCUCGAUGGUCAAUUUCCAGCACAAGGAAAAUCAGAUGUUGAAGGCAUUUUUGAUCCUCCUUAUUAUGAAUGGUUCCAAGCCAAUCAGGAUUUCACUGAGUAUAAGAACUUUGAUGAAUGCUUAGUAUACAUUGAAGAUUAUAUGCUAAAAAAUGGUCCUUUUGAUGGUGUUCUUGGAUUCUCUCAGGGUGCAUUUUUAGCGGCUGCAAUGCCAGGAAUGCAAGAACAGGGACUAGCACUUCAAAAGAUAAACAAGAUCAAGUUCCUGAUUCUGAUAUCAGGAGCCAUGUUUGGUGGAAUGAAGUAUGGAACACCUAAACUAGCUUCCAAUGCAUUUUCAGAACCAAUUAAUUGUCCAUCUCUUCACAUUAUAGGCGAGGCAGAUUUUAUGAAGCCAGAAAGCAUUAUUUUGCAAAAGGCUUUUGUUGAUCCUGUUGUGAUCAAUCACCCAAAAGGGCAUACAAUACCAAGACUUGAUGAAAAGAGCCUUGCAACUAUGCUUGGUUUUAUUGACAAAAUCCAAGGAAUGCUAUCAGAUUCAGAUGGUCACAGCAAGAAUUGAAUUUUCAAGUAGAUUUUUUGUUCCCUUUCUAUGAGACUAUGAAACUUCAUUUAAUAUAUACAACAAUUUUGUGGGAAAAUGUCUUUAGUGUGUUAUAGACUUAAAGCUAUUAUCUAUGUUGAAUAUAUACAUAGGGGGUCUAAGUCUCACUGAAUGAUAGAGGAAACAAUUAGAAAUGAGAGAGUGAGAUUGUUCAUAUUUCAUAGUGAAAUUUGUUGUUGCUAUGGAAAUAGUCCAACUUGAGAGCACCACCUAAUUUUGAUGUGUUUUGAGUCUUGACAAGCUAUAAAGAUGAAUCUGAUAUAAGUAGCUAUCAUAAGAUGUUAGCUACUUGUUAGUUA